AUGCCCUCUAUGGCUCCGGAGAGCAUUGAGUUACUAGAACAUUAUGCUGGUGUUUCGAAAAAUGACAUGGAAAAGCAUAUAUACUCUAUCAGGGAUGAGGCGUGGGAUAUCAUGCCAUAUCCAUGCAUCGGAGCAUUCAUGUUUCUGACACUUCGACUCUGUGCACUACCCGAGUAUCCAGCCUUACUGUCACGCCUUAAGAACGGCCACACAUUUCUCGACCUCGGCUGUUGUUUCGGACAGGAUAUCCGGAAAUUGAUCUUUGAUGGUGUGCCAGCUGAUCAACUUCUAGGCUGUGAUUAUGAACGUAGCCUUCUGGAGGUUGGUUUUGCGCUUUUUCACGACAAAGAUACAAUGUUCAACCGCUUCAUUGAUGCGGAUUUCUUUGACGACCAUGGUAAGCUCUUUCAACAUAAGCAGACCUUCGACAUCAUACACAUUGCAAUGUUCCUCCACCUAAUGAACCGGCAUACUCAACUGCUUGCGAUUGACCGCAUUUUCUCAUUGAUUUCGAAGAAACCUGGCAGCCUUAUUAUGGGAUCUCAAAUUGGUUCAUUCCAGGCUGGAGAGGAACCCCUUCGUCACGAUGCUGCUAAAACAGUUUUUCUGCAUAAUGAGAGCUCUUUUCAGAAUCUAUGGCGUGAGGCAGCAAAAGAAAAAAACCUCCGAUUGAAAAUCAAUAUGACUAUAAACAAAUCUCAAACCGAUGCGUUAAAACCUACGAUUGAUGAGAAGGAUGGAAAAAUUCGAGAUAUAUACUUUACAGGUCCGAAAUUCAACUACUAUGAUUUCAUCAUAGAGCUUUUGUAG